AUGACCUCUCAGUACAGUAGCGGCCCCAACAACAUGGCAGCUGUGGGCAAAUAACCGCGGAACGACCCGGGGAGAACCGGACACAGCAUGAGGGACGCGGCGCGGAGGAAGAGGAGGAGGAGGCGGCGGAAGAAGAAAGGCAGGACGUGGGCUGAGGCCGCCAGGACGGUACUGGAGAAAUACCACAACACACCCAUGAGCCAUAAAGAGAUCCUGCAGGUGAUCCAGCGAGAGGGGCUGAAAGAGAUCAGCGGCACGUCGCCCCUGGCCUGCCUGAAUGCCAUGCUGCACACUAACUCCCGUGGUGAUGAGGGCAUGUUCUACAAGGUCCCGGGCAGGAUGGGAGUCUACACGCUGAAGAAGGACGUGGCGGACAUGGUGAAGGAUCUCUCGGACUGCUCAGAAGACAGCAAUGAAGCUCAGUCCGAUUCUCAGAGCUCAGAGAGCAGCUGCUCGACCAGCAGCACCAGCGCGAUCAGUAACAAGGAGCCGAGGAGGAGCUGCUGGAAGAGGAAAGUUACAUCUCGACUCUCCCAGCCAUCAUCCCCCCCGUCGAGCUGUCCAUCUCCCCCCAUCCCUGCCGGUAAAGUCAUCUCUCCAUCUCAGAAGCUCAGCAAGAAGGCGCUGAAACAGGCUCUGAAGCAGCAGAAGAAGCAGCAGCAGCGGCGGCGAUCUGGGAUCCCUGUUCCGACUGGACAGCACCUCAUGCUAAAGACUGUGAAAACUGCCAGCAACGUUGCCCCGUCUAAACCACCAGCCGCUCACAGACACUUGAAAAGGACCAAAGGUGCUGAGAUCGAUGUUGAGACGCCGGAUUCGAUCCUGGUGAACACGAACCUGCGGGCGCUGAUUAAUAAGCACACCUUCUCGCUGCUCCCGGUGGACGGCCAGCAAAGGCUUCUGCUGCUCUUACCUGAGGUGGACCGUCCGGCCGGACCGGACGGACUCCUCAAACUGAACAGUUCAGCUCUGAAUAACGAGUUUUUUACGUCAGCCUCUCAGAGCUGGAAGGAGCGUCUGUCAGAAGGUGAGUUCACACCUGAGAUGCAGCUGAGGAUUCGUCAGGAGAUUGAGAAGGAGAAGAAGGUGGAGUCCUGGAAGGAGCAGUUUUAUGAGAGUUACUAUGGGGAAAAUUCGGGUCUUAGUGAAGAGGACCUGAGCAAAAUGACCGCAGAAGAGGAGGCCGAGGACAAGGUCUCUCCACCCAUAGUACACAAUACAAUGGAUCCUGCUCAGGACACCUCAAGCAGUCCCUCUGUCGAGCAGCAGCACCCUGUGAAGACUGAAGAUGAUCAGGACAAUCAUGAGAUCCCCAAGGUUACAGAAGCCAUAAAAGAACCGGAGACAAGGAAUGUGGCUGUUAUUGAUAAGACCACAAUUGAGGAUGAAAACCAAGAAGUCAAGGAGGAAACAGAAACCACUAAUGAUGAGUCCAAAGACAAGGAGCCCAAGAGCCAUACUUGCACGACCCCGGUCAAACCAAAGAGCCCGACCCAAGUAGAAUCACUGAGAACAAUGGCAAGUGAAGACGACUUUCCUGAAAGCUCACCAGAAAAGUCUGAAGCGACCACCCCUAGCCUCGGCACCAAGAGACGUCUGGAGGUCGGUGAGGAUCCUCCGGCUGCUCCUGAGAAAAGUCCACGUAUGAUGGAACUCAGCCGGUCCCCACAGUCAUUUCGUGCCUUAUGUAAACCUCCUACCGAAACGCAGCAGCACACACCGGAACAGAAGGUGCCACCGCUCAAGAUUCCCGUGGCGUGGCUCUCUCCAAAGCCAUUUCGCAGCUGCCAGGUCUCUCCCAGGCCCACGUUUCCAACCACCGGUACCAGUCCUAGCCGAACAGGAGCCCGCACACUUGCCGACAUCAAGGCGAAGGCUCGCUUGGCCCGUGCGGCGAGAGCGGCGGCUGUUGCAGCCCAUGGAGGUUCCAUCCCUGGACCUGGACCUGGAGGGGGCCCAGCAGGUGGACCUACAGGGGAGAUCGGGAGCAGAAUACUGGACUUGGGAAAUACUGGAAGCAGGAGAAGUGAAAGGGGAACUUCACCCUCUAAACCAGAUAACCAAAAUCAAAGGGAGGUCACGAAACCAGUACAGGCAUCACCUGACAGUUCAACAAGAACACAGUUACUGCAAAAACCCUGUGUACAACCCGGAUUCACAGAUGCUUACCAUCAACUCCGCCCCAGUGAAAGUAAAAGGCAUGUCACCCAAAUCACCGAAAGAGGCAACUCAAGAAGACUGACUCAGGAACCAAUAACAUCUGAUAACUCCAUGCAGUCUUCUGAGAUUCUGAAGGCCUCAGCCAGUGGAAGCUCAUUUAAGAUUGGCAGGGUUUUAUCUCUCGAAAGCACAGGCGUUCCAUCAGUGCAAAGCACAAAGAGAGCACAAAAUGAGGAGGAAAGCAAACAAAUAACUGCUACACCACCUUUUUCAUCAGCAAAGAUGGUUUCAUGUCACCCACAACCAGAAACCUGUUUCAUAAAGUCAAGGACAUCUGCCAUAGCCCAUGGGAUUGACAAGGUACCAUCCACCCAAACGCACGACCUGAGCGCGAAGCCAUUACGAUUGGGGAGUGGGCAGCAUACCAAGUCAAGUUCCAGCAUUCCAGCAAAUAAUCCACUUGUUACACAACUUCUUCAAGGAAAGAAUGUCCCACUAGAGCAAAUCAUGCCCCGACCUCUCAAAAAAGUGGAAACGAGGACCGUUCCAUUGUCAUCUGUUGAAAGACCACAAGGGGCAAUACAAGGAUUGGAAACUUUUGGAAGGGAAGAGGGAGAACGACCCUCAAGUAUAGCUGCUCAACAACUAGAAAGAUUUUUAUGCCACAACCGCCAGCAUCCUUCAGGUCAAAGGAUAUGGCAACUUUUUUCAGGAAAAGACUUGACCAGUUCUAGUAACAAUCCAACGCAAGGUCCUGAGGAGCAUGUCACAAGCCAGGAGCAGGUGUUACAGACCUUGAUCAAGAAGGUUUGGCAAGAGAACACCAAUUCAUCUGAAUUAAAUUCGGACCCUUUUGUUUCUGAGAGAGAAAACAUUUCUCAGAGAUUCAUGCUCGGUUUUCUCGGAAGAAGGACAUCCAAGCCAGCUAUGUCUGGCCAUUAUCUGCUCAACAUCUCAACAUACGGUAGGGUCCCAGAGGUGUGCAGACAAGCUCCUUCAGACAACAUGGUCGAUACUUCUUUGAAUGAGGCUGAGCAUUUGGUUAGUAAAGGGAGUAAAACUGAGCUGAUUACAGAGAGUGGAGAAGAAGACACCGAGACUGAUAACCAUCGCUCUCCAUCUAAAUCUCAAGGUAUCUCCUCCCCGAAAUCCGAAGCUCAGAAGACGACAAGAAAUGAAUUCCUUCCAACAUUUGAUGUGAAGGAGAGUGUUCAAAUCGUCACAAAAGGCAACAUUUACAGCGAGUCAGAUAUAGCUCGAGAUUUGAUCCAAGCUGCCCAGGCCCAAAUUUCCAAUGUUUUGGGGGUCAGGUUGAAACAUAAUGCCUCGGACAUGUUCGGAAUCCAUGCUUCAUCCACUUCACCCCAUCCAGAGUUACUGCCAUCGUCAAGGACUUGUGGGAAUCCUGCUGGUCUACUUGGAUCUGGCUACGGUGGUAGGAUCAACAUCUCUACAUCACCCGAGGUCCUAAAUAGGUCCUCCAUCCCCAUAAGUGGAAAUUUCAGUCCAGCCAAUACAGACAAUGUUGUGUCCUUCUCCGUGACUGUGACGACGAUCCCUUCCAGUCAGAGUGUUGGCUCUGGCGGUUGCGAACAACCCAUCUCAGUCCAGGCUUACACUGACGAUGGCAGUAUGGAAAUGUCUCCUUCCAACUGCUACUGUCGACUGAAAGCGAUGAUCAUGUGUAAGGGCUGUGGUGCAUUCUGCCACGAUGAUUGCAUUGGCCCCUCUAAGCUCUGUGUCUCCUGCCUUGUGGUACGGUGACCUCCUUCCCCCAGUUGUUUUCUGGGUGACAGCCAUCUCCAAUAAGCAAGGAUCUGUAGUUUACCUUAUGAUGUAAACCCUUGCAGUGGGUCAUACUCGGGCUAGGAUAGCCUUUUAGAUAUUUUUAAUGAUGAUCUCAUCAGGUACUUUGUAGGGUUCUCGUCAACCCUAAGUAAUCAUGACAUAAGUUUGCACUUAACGCUGUAAAUAAUACACGAGUGUCCUAUAUAUUUUUUUUCUUACAAAUUUUAAAACAGGUUUCCAAAGACUGAAGCAAUAUGUCCUUGGUCAGUUUCCCAGUAUUUUACACUUCCUUCUUCUGGUGUAUGCACUAUGGGAGUUAUGGGAUCCCCGACUCAAGCAAUAAUUUUGAACUACCUAAAAUUAGUGCCCAACAGGUACCCCGCAUGGAAUCUAGCUGUCAGAUAUUACCGACAAGGGCUUAGCUUUUGGUUAACAAGACUAUCCUAUAUUGUAGGUUCCUGCGUGAGUAGGAAUAUCUCAUGGUAGUGACCUCCUGGGCCUGUUCUACAUAGAGGUGCAAUGUAUAUAUUGGGUGACCAAGAUCAGCCUGACUACCAUGUUCUGUGUGACGGUGCACGCUUUAUUUAGGGUGUUCAACAGGACCAUCUAGAGAGGAAUAUUGCUGAUCCUGGAGCUUCUAGCUAUCUUGGUCCAGAUGGCACUUUGGUUAAUAGAUAAGCACUUACAACUUCAGUCGUGCUCAGCACCGGGCACGAUUGAUAUUAUUUCAAGCCUUCGAUUGAUAGUCAUGGACAACACUGUGAUUGUUUUGCUCCCUCGUCAACAUAAGCUUUGUAUGUGAUGACAAGCCAUAGUCCCUUUUGGCUCAUCCUAGAGGCCUCAAGGGCUUCAGCCUGCUAAAUGAGGCCUUCAAUACAGGAGGCUAAGAGAAAAAUCCCAGUGACCCCCUCCAAGUCUUUCUAUAUGGCCUCCAACUGUAGUGUGUAACAUAACCCAUGGAUUUCCACCAGCCACCCCCCUUAUUUCUCAAUUUCAUGUACAGUACUUAACAUAGUCUUAGCAGAUUUUACUCGCCGUUUCAAUAACACUAAAUCCAUAUAAAUCUAAAGAUGCAUUUAUGAACAGAUCUUCUUUCAGUCUGAUAUCCCUGUGACUAGAACGUAGAGAGCGUUUACAUUGUGUUAUUAAAUCAUAGCUUCAUUUUAGAGAAAAUAGUGCUGGUUUCCAGUUAAGUCUCAGGCUGCACGGUCUUACAUCUCCCAACCUCCCUCCCCAGUUCAGAGUCUGACAGUCCCAUACAUAGAAGUUGGGUACCCCUAGUAAAAAUGGGUACAUGUUCACGUCACACCCCUAAGCCAGCGGCGUGUGUUUUCUUUGAGUAUACAUAGGCAGUGUGGCCCCUGAAUCUGUUCCUUCCUCCGUUGUGGGCCUGUUGGAGAGCAAAUACUCUGCGCAAGUUUACAAUACCUUGACCUACAAUAUGCUGCACCUCUGAUCUCAGCAUAGGCUGCAAGGAAGACAUCAAUCAGCACAGUGGUGUAACUCAAGCAAAUAAUUUGGAAGACCGCUAAGCUCCUCUAUACCACCAACACCUAAAGUACUUGUAUUAUAAGUGGUACUGCAAUUGAGGGACAGUAAUGGGGUUCCAUCUCACCCCUUAAUCUCUUUCCAAGUUUGCUAUUGUCGUCUUCAGUAGCUCACCACUAUACCACCAUCUGAAGUAUUUGUAUAAUAUGUAUGGAUAGUGCUGUAAUUGAGGAACAGUAAUGGGGUCCCGUCUUGCCCCUUAAUCUCUAAGUUUGCUCUUGGGGUCCACAGACCAAGUGUCAUAUGAUUCUGGGAGCUGUUAAGUGUCAGACUGAGCACAAAGAAUUUUUUUUCCCACUCAUAACAUUGUUCAGGGAGCUUAGAUGAAAGUACUGGACCUAUGAGCCUAUUAAUUCUUAAGUUACUGACUUUGUAAACAGUUAGUAAAGAACCAGUCCACCUGGAUUUUAGAAUAUGUUGGGCGUUACUGGUCAGUUUCUACUGCUCAAGGCACAUGGGCUGUGGAAUGUUGUCGGCCAUCUCUAGGGAAUUAUUGAGUCCUUGAUGAAACGUUAAUUUGAGAUCAUAAUCUGACCAUGCUCCAAGCGGUUUCUGUCAAAACAUUUCUGAAACAGGCGUUACAUAGGUAAUUUUCACCACUGUAAAAUUAAUCACGGAAAAAACUUUUUGCACUUUAGAUUUUUCUUCAAGAAUAUGUUUCAUUGUAUAGUUCACCUCCGAGGGUCACGGUAUCCAUAACAAUACAUUAAUGAAGCAGGGUCAACUGAAGACUUAAAACAUCUCAUCAUCUCGGACCUUUACUGGUGACGUUACCAGCGCCGCAGUAAUCCCACCCUUAUUAUGGGGUGAUGGUGACUAAGUUCUAGAUCUGCCCAUUGUUGAAACAUUCUACAUGCUGCUACAUGUCUCUGUGUGGACUUACACAAUCCGGCUAGAUGCCCCACAAGAAUAUUUCCUAGUACAAUAUGGGAUGAGCAGUGCAGGUUUCUCCUAAUGAAGUGAUAGGGCUCAUGUAAACUGCCAUGUUCUGGUACGAGCACUUGUAGUGAUCAGUGGACCCAUAACGUGCCUCGAUGCCUCACAUUUCUUAGGUAGUUUUUUUUUCGAUAUGGCAACUUAUGGCAUGUACCAUUGCAUACUGUAUUAUGGAGGCAUUUCAAAGCAUUGCAUUAUGGUGACAUACAGAGGCAUCAUAUUGUGACCCACCUGGUGCCUACAACUGUUCAGAUGCCAUUGGGACUCCAUGUGGGAUUUGCAUGAGACCUUUUGCUUAGCAAUGUUGAAUAGCUACAGGUGACUCAGAGGAGAACGUGGUGCCACCUCCUACUGGAAUCUACACCACCAUCUAUUAAAAGAACAUACUUUAUACUUUUUAUUUUGGAUUACAGAUGCGUCCAAUAGUAGAAAAAGUAUACUUAGUAAUGCAGACAGAUUGAUGAUUGCCAUGUAUCGUCCAUGGCGAGGUAGUUGCUGGUGGUGAAUUAUUGACCUUCUUCUGCAUUAAGGCAUAGAGAAUUUGGAUAUAUUCAUUUGACUGUACCGCUAGUCCUUCUAGCCCGAAACUGGAGAGGUUCCUGUUGGUAGAAAGCAUUAAAACCUUCGAUGAGAUCUGGUAAAGUCUUUGGGAAUAGUUGGAAAUAUCAUGUCAACACUGAGCAACGUCAACCUGCGCCAUCGUGACCACUUGCCCUCUUAUUUGUGGAGAUGAUACUCAGGGUUAACGUUCAUUGAUGGGUUAGACCACCCAUUGACACAUACCGGCUCCGGGGUGGAACUCCGGGGGGCAUCGGCUCUGCUUACAGCAGACGGGAUUGAGGCAAACCCCCCAAUUCUUCAAUGGUUCUUGGUAAUCCAGACUUUUAUAUUCGCACUAUGUAUAUGGAUAAAAAAAUGAAUUAAGCAUAUGAUAAUAUAUUUGAAGUAAUAUAUAUAUAUAUAUAUAUAUAUACACGUAUAUGAGAGAGUCUAGAGUUUAUAUACAGGCUAUUGAGUACGCUAUUAACGAGGUGAAGACAAUGAGUUUAUAAAGAAGAAAAAAUAUUUUACUCAACUGCAAUAAGAUUUGCAUUUGUCAGGGAAGAUCUGGCCCGCUGUGAUUUUUUUAGUAUUUUUUUUCUUGUGAAUGUUUUUAAAUCAACGUUUUCUGAAUAAAGGGACUGUUAUAAUCGGACCAUAGGGUAUGUACAGUGCAGGGACAGCAAGGAAAUCCUUUAUAGAAAAAAAAAUCCUAUUUUUCCAGACUGUAAGAAGAAAAAUCAUAUUAUGUAAAAAAUAAAACAAAAUCAUUGUAAGGCUGUGGAGAGUCCUGUACAUUGACGUUUAUGGAAAUUUAUACUCUUGGUAUAUUCUUUAUUUUAGAAGUUAUUUGUAAGCAAUUGCAAAAUAAAAGAGUUUAACUUGUGA